AUGCAUGCCCAACCUGAAUUAAUAGCUACAGAUGGAAUCAAUAACUAUUUGUAUGGUCAAUUAUGGAAGUUAUGUGCUGGUCCUCUGUUUGAUCUACCAAAAGUUGGAGAAAAACUUACAUCUAUAAACGAUGAACUAUGUCAACUAAAACCAGUUUUUGAUAUUCCUUCAAAAAUUUGUUGCAAUGUUUUUAGUAUCAAGCUUAAGGUAGAGAUCUCUACAGAUGAAAUUUAUGCAGAAAUUUCUUUGUUGCCUGAUACAUCUGAAGUUGAAAUCCAAACUCCUAAACAUGAAAACAACGUACAAAACAUUAAUUAUUUCACUAAGGUGUUAAGUGCCUCUGAUACCGAUAAAAUGAGUCGUUUUGCUUUGAUUAAAAGACAUGCCAUUGAAUGUCUUCCUCUGCUGGAUAUGUCUCAGCCAACGCCGAGUCAAGAGGUAAUUGCUAAAGAUAUUCAUGGUCAAGAAUGGAAAUUUAAACAUACUUUAAGAGGUACACCACAAAAACAUCUUUUCACAUCUGGUUGGAAUGAGUUCGUAAAGGAAAAAGAUUUGAUUGUUGGAGAUUCUUUUGUUUUCCUUCGGUAUAUAUAUUUUUUUUCAUUUUACUUCUAUUUUUUUCUUGGAUUUUGGAUUUUUACUAUUUUUUAUCAUAGAGGAGAGGAUGGGGAAGCGCGAGUUGGAAUCCAGAAAAUAGCUUAUCAUCAACAACGCAACAAACUUUCAAAAGAGAGUAUGCACCAUGGUGUUGUUGUUACUGCAUCGAAUGCUAUUAAAAACAAAUCUAUGUUCGUUGUGUUCUAUAAACCAAGGUCAAGUCAAUUCCUUGUCAACUUUGAUAAAGUUUUUGAUGGAGUGAAUAAGAAAUUCAGUAUAGGCUCCAGGUUUUCGAUGAAGUUCGAAGGAAGUGACUUUAAUGAAAUAAGAUGCCGUGGAACAAUAAUAGGAGUGAGCGAUUUCUCCACUCAUUGGAAGGAUUCAGAAUGGAGAAGUCUAGAAGUAAGAUUAAUACUAGCAACAAUUCCAAGACCUGAUAAGGUAUCUCCAUGGGAAAUUGAGCUUUCAACACAUUCAUCAACCCUUCUCGAAUCAGAUUUACUGAAAAAUAAACGUCAAAACGAAGUGUAUGAGUUUGGUUCAAAUAUGGGGGUUCCUAUAUUGAGCCAAGGCCAAGAAGUUGGAAAUUCAAGCGCACAAUCUUCAAUGAGCUGCUCAUUACCUACCAUUGCCGAACCAAACUACAAUGGGCAAAUGCUUCAAGCGGAAAAAGAAACGUCAACCACCACCGGGGCUACUAGCUACCGACUGUUUGGAGUUGAUCUUACAAUUCCGGAGAAUACAAAGGAUCCCGUAGAGCCAAUUAACUCACAUAAAAAGCCAAAGAUUUCUAAAUAUCUUUGA